UUUAUCUUCCGUAUCGAUGAGAUAAUAGAGCAUGCAGACGCCAUCUCUAAUGUCGACAAUCGAGGUUGCUGGGCGCCCUUCAAAGACCCAGGUGCAAACGUAAGAGCCAGGAAAGGCGUAUCUGGCAUGUGGUGGCUUUGUGACAGUCAGCAGAUAUACCGCUGUGGCUCGUUUCCACAAGGCGCUUCCAUAUAUAGUGUCUGGUCGGUCUAUUACAGUAGUGGACACGGAUUUUGGGUGCUCUGUGGAGACGCCACAGAGCCCGUGUGCCACGAGAUCUGGCAUCCGCUCCGAUUCGAUCACAACAGUACUGAUUAUUCUUCGUAUUUGACAAAUUCGGGACAGCAUCCAACCCUCCUCGUACAACGGCCUGGCCAGAUGUGGCCAAAGAUGCUGCUUCCGGACAUAUACCACACGAACGCUUACUCAACACAUCACGCUUAUGGAGGCCUCACAGGAGAUUUGCCCAUUUUUCUCGCCUUGAUCGCCUUCUCGAUAAAGCCCGAGAGCCUGGCUCAGAUCCUUCCGCAAAUGUACACGGAUUCCAGGUGGAAAACGCACAACGUCCCCCAUGGCAUCGAUAAACGCGGGGUCGUUGUAUAUGUAUACACUCCCCCUGAAACUUGGGCCGGAAGCUUUACAGCAAAUGAUCUGCGGGCCUACGAAAAGGGUGAGUACGGUACAUAUUAUGGAUGA